CCCAGCGUGGUGCGCAUGCUUUGGCAGACGUGGCACCGGGAACUCGGAGGCGGGGAGCAAUUGGGAAGUGGCGGCGGCGGUUGCACCCGGCGAAGCUGCGGUCGCGGGAGCCCGAGUGGGGACCGGAGCCGGCUGGGGGCAGCGGCAGCAGGGAUGGCGCGGGUCGUGCCGGCGUGGCUGCUCCUGCCGCUGGCGGUCUGGGUGGUCCUGCCGACGUGGCUGUCCUCCGCAAAGUUCUCCUCACUCAUCGAGAGAAUAUCUGACCCCAAGGACUUGAAAAAACUUCUCAGGACCCGGAAUAAUGUACUGGUGCUUUACUCCAAAUCUGAAGCUGCAGCUGAAAGUCACCUCAAGUUAUUGUCUACUGUCGCCCAGGCAGUGAAAGGACAAGGCACCGUCUGCUGGGUGGACUGUGGUGACACAGAAAGUAGAAAAUUGUGCAAGAAGAUGAAAGUUGACCUGAGUGCAAAGGACAAAAAGGUUGAAUUAUUCCAUUACCAGGAUGGUGCAUUUCAUACUGAAUAUAACCGAGCUGUGACGUUUAAGUCCAUAGUGGCCUUUCUGAAGGAUCCGAAAGGGCCCCCAUUGUGGGAGGAAGAUCCUGGAGCCAAAGAUGUUGUCCACAUUGACAAUGAAAAGGACUUCCGUCGGCUCCUGAAGAAGGAAGAGAAGCCGAUCCUGAUGAUGUUUUAUGCUCCAUGGUGCAGCGUGUGCAAGAGGAUAAUGCCACACUUCCAGAAGGCUGCGACCCAGCUGCGGGGCCAGUUCGUGCUGGCCGGGAUGAAUGUCUACCCCUCGGAAUUUGAAAACAUCAAGGAAGAGUACAGCGUGCGUGGCUACCCCACCAUCUGCUAUUUCGAGAAAGGACGGUUUCUGUUCCAGUAUGACAGCUAUGGGUCCACAGCUGAGGACAUUGUGGAGUGGCUGAAGAAUCCGCAGCCGCCACAGCCCCAGGUCCCCGAGACUCCCUGGGCAGAUGAGGGCGGCUCCGUUUAUCACCUGAGCGAUGAAGACUUUGACCAGUUUGUGAAGGAACACUCCUCUGUGCUCGUCAUGUUCCACGCCCCAUGGUGUGGACACUGUAAGAAAAUGAAGCCAGAGUUUGAGAGUGCAGCAGAAGUCCUCCACGGAGAAGGAGAUAGCUCUGGUGUCCUUGCAGCUGUCGAUGCCACCGUCAACAAGGCCCUGGCAGAACGAUUCCACAUCGCUGAGUUUCCUACACUCAAAUAUUUUAAGAAUGGGGAGAAGUACGCAGUGCCUGCGCUCAGAACAAAGAAGAGCUUCAUCGAGUGGAUGCGAAACCCCGAGUCCCCGCCACCCCCAGACCCCGCCUGGGAAGAGCAGCAGACCAGCGUGUUGCAUCUGGUUGGGGACAACUUCCGGGAGACCCUAAAGCGGAAGAAGCACGCCUUGGUCAUGUUCUACGCCCCAUGGUGCCCGCACUGUAAGAAGGCCAUUCCACACUUUACUGCCACUGCUGAUGCCUUCAAAGAUGACCGAAAGAUUGCCUGUGUCGCUAUUGACUGUGUCAAAGAGAACAACAAGGACUUGUGUCAGCAGGAGGCUGUCAAGGCCUACCCCACUUUCCACUACUACCACUACGGGAAGUUUGUGGAGAAGUAUGACACCAAUCCGACGGAGCUGGGAUUUACCAGUUUUAUCCGAACGCUCCGGGAGGGAGACCAUGAGAGACUAGGAAAGAAGAAGGAAGAGUUGUAAUGUCUGCCUCAGAGAAAGCUUUUCCAUUACACUGUGAACGAUACCUGUUUUGUUGUUCUUUCUGAAUUUCCACGUGUUCUGAAGACGAAGUUUUUUAUAGCCGCGUAUGGCCGUUUUGUACAAUUUUGAAAUAAAAUUCAACCGAUUGUU